AUGAGUUCUCAAAUUCCCAAGGACUACGAAUCUUCGACGCCCACCAUGGGCUAUAGUAUGGAUAUGGCAACGGCUACUGGAGAGAUGAGAUACCCGCAAGAGGCCAGUACUUCUUUGACGAUAGAGCCCUCUCAACCUUCGUCCCUCUUAAACCUAUUCCAUCCGCCGGUCCUCAGCUCUACCGCGCAGUACCCCCAGGACGGAAGUGCCUUUUUCCAGUCUCAAGCGGCUGGUCAUCAUCAUCUCUAUCCGGGUAUAGACGUCCGCUCUCGACUGGGUUCCAACAACUCAUCUACGACGGGGAUGGCACAUCCCUAUCCCUCUUCACAUCGCACCCCAGGCCUCCCGCACCCUGGUCCCCCGAUCAGUACUCGAGAACAGUACGGUCCUGCCACGCCAGGGUUUAGGAGGCCAUCCGAGCAUUCUGUUCGAUCGCCCUCCUUUGCCACACAGCCAAGAGGAAGACAUCCGCUGUCACCAACAACAAGCCCCAACGCGGGCUUCUCGGCUCCAAGUAUGGGCUCCAGCGGGUACGGCGGUAGGUCGACUCAGAACAACAUUCCUCCCCUGCAACCAGUUCAUAUGCUAGGAAGCCUUCAAUACAACGAUGGCGCAGGAACACCUGUCAAGGUGGAUAUGUCAGGUAUCAUUGACAAGGGCUUCUUUUUAUCGGAGAAUGAGUGGACGUGUUAUCGCAGGAACUACUUCUCUUGCGUCUGCUCCUUUUCUCUGAGCCCUCACAUCCCCAACGUCACUAUCCAGUAUACUGCUAGUGGCUCAUCACAACCCGUUCCGAUCUUUGGAUUCGCCAUGUCCAUCUCCGCAGUUGUCUCCGACAAUGAGCAGCACAACAUCGACCUGGUACAGCAUACGCCAAAGAGAGACAAGGGGCCCAUAAUGAAGCCUGAAAAAGUUCGGCUCAGCAACAAGCCCCCACAGGCAAGCCACCACCACCAUAUGGGCAUGUUCUCAGAGUCGGUCGUACCCAAUCGCCCUGUAUACCCCGACAAUUUCAGCAAUCAGCCCGGCAGCCAACAGUUACCCACAGAGCACACGUUUGAGCGCAUUCAAUUCAAGCAAGCUACCCAGAAUAACGGGAAGCGCAGAGCUGCUCAGCAAUACUACCAACUGGUUGUCGAGCUCUGGGGCGAGGUAGCUAAUCAGAGCAGUGGUGAUCAAUACGUCAAGAUAGCCACACGUAAGUCGGCCAAGAUGAUUGUCCGAGGCCGCUCGCCGGGCCACUAUCAAAACGACAGACGCGGAAGCCAAAGUAGCGGACCUGGAGGAUCUUCGGGCAACAUGGGAGGCUACACCGUCAGCGGCAUGGCCGACUUCAAUAACCCCAUGAUGGGCGGUCCAAGCUACGCGACAGGUGGUUUCGACGCCCGCAGCAGCCUCUAUGGUGUCCGUCAUCACGAUAUACCGCACGAGUCGAUGAUUCCUCAGGAGGAUUCCAAGGCCAUCGUUACGACCCGAGAGUACCAGUACUACCCAGCCCCAAUGUACGAGGCGCAGAGCGACCGGAUCGAGCUAUUCAACCCCCGUGGGGAGCGCGAUCAUAACGUUGUGCCGCACAUGGCCACCGGGAUGGACAUGAGUGGCAAGAUCAAGCAUGACUACGACGGCGCCGCUCUACCCAGCAUCUUCCACCCACCAGCUCAGAUUAAUGAUCGUCCGCCAGGACCCUUCGAGGGCAAGUCAACCUCGAGCGGGUACUACCCCAUCCCGUCGUCCGGCAUCAACAUGACCAUGACAUCAUGA